CUAUCCACUCACACACCAAUCAUCCUUAGAAAGUGUAGAGAAAAGAGAAAAAAACCAAAACAAAAACCUCUCCCUUGAAUCGCCAUGACCAUGAAGAAGGAUUCGAUUGUUCUGUACUCAGCUCUGGGAAGAGGACACCUGGUUUCCAUGGUGGAACUAGGCAAAUUCAUAUUAUCCCAUCAUCCUUCUCUCUCCAUCAACAUCCUCUUCCUCACUCCACCCCCUAACCAAGACACCCCCACCUCUCCCACCGCCUUCACCUGCGCCGCCACCGCCAAAUACAUUAACGCCGUCACUGCCGCCCUUCCCUCCAUUACCUUCCACCGCAUCCCCCAGAUCUCCCUCCCCACCGUCCUCCCUCCCCUAGCCCUAAACUUCGAGCUCUGCCGCGCCACCACCCACCACCUACGCCGCAUCAUCAACUCAAUCUCUCUCUCCUCAAACCUCAAAGCAGUCGUUUUAGACUUCAUGAACCACAGCGCCGCACGUGUCACCCACACGCUUCAAAUCCCCACGUACUUCUACUACACUUCCGGUGCCUCCACCCUCGCCAUUCUCCUUCAUCAAAUCAUCCUUCACGAAAACUACACCAAAUCCAUCAAGGAUCUAAACAUGCACCUCCUCAUCCCCGGGCUUCCCAAGAUCCACACCGAUGACUUUCCGGACACGGUGCAGGAUCGUACAAGCGAGGCUUACAAGGUUUUUACCGAAAUCGCCAUGUGCAUGAGGGACAGCGAUGGUCUUAUUGUAAACACGUCUGAAGCCAUGGAAGGCAGGGCUAUAAAGGCCUUCGACGAAGGGUUGAUGGAAGGAACCACACCACCCGUGUUCUGCAUUGGGCCUUUGAUUUCUUCUGCCCCUUGUAGAGGAGACGAUGACGGGUGUUUGAGUUGGCUCGACUCGCAACCGAGUCAGAGUGUGGUGUUUUUGAGCUUUGGAAGCAUGGGAAGGUUCUCAAGGACGCAGUUGAGAGAGAUCGCUAUUGGAUUGGAGAAGAGUGGGCAAAGGUUUUUGUGGGUUGUGAGGAGCGAGUUCGAAGAUGGUGACUCAGGGGAACCAACUAGUUUGGAGGAGUUGCUGCCGGAGGGGUUUUUGGAGAGGACAAAAGGGACGGGGAUGGUGGUCAGAGACUGGGCCCCACAGGCCGCGAUUCUGAGUCAUGACUCAGUGGGUGGGUUCGUGACUCACUGCGGGUGGAACUCGGUGUUGGAGUCUGUGUGUGAAGGGGUGCCCAUGGUGGCGUGGCCUCUGUAUGCAGAGCAAAAGCUUAACAAGGUGAUUUUGGUGGAGGAAAUGAAGGUGGGUGUGGCUGUGAAGGGAGACAAAGAUGGGUUAGUGAGUUCCACCGAGUUGUGUGAUCGAGUGAAGGAACUGAUGGACUCAGACAGAGGGAAAGAAAUUAGACAGAAUAUUUUCAAAAUGAAAAUUAGUGCCACGGAAGCAGUGGGAGAAGGUGGAUCUUCCAUCAUUGCUUUGAAUAGGUUAGUGGAACUGUGGAAAGAGCACUAAUACUAUAGAAUUAGAGAAGGAAAUCAUGAGCUUUAUGAAAUGAAUAAUAUUAAUUUAGCAAAGUUUGAUGCAGCAUAAAAGCUCAAUAUCUUUCUCAAUAAACAAUGAUUACUGUAAAUUAUCAAUGUUCUCAAGAUUAAUUAUGAAUAUAGAUGUGUCAGGUGCAUGUUUUCAAGUUAAAUGAAAUCGAUCUACGACAAA